CCGAAACAACGGAAUUGCGAAGCCUUCGCUCCGGUAUCUAUCUUCUCUCUUUCCUUUCUCACGUCACUUGUUAAUCCGUUCGCUGCGGAGUCCUUGUGAACACCCUCUCUUUUCUUCUGCUGAUAUAUAUGUCCCUAAGCCCGGCCAUGGCUGCUCCCCGACUUUUCCGCCCUGCAGCUCGUCUGCUUUCGUCGCGUCUCUCUGCUCCUCGCCGUCCGGCCUUCACCCAAUCGGCAUGCGCUCCCUCCAUCCUGCGCUUCCGGGGCUAUGCUACGGAAGGCGGUGUUAAGGAAGUCACUGUUCGUGAUGCCUUGAACGAAGCUCUCGCGGAGGAAUUGGAGACGAACCCGAAAACGUUCAUCCUGGGAGAGGAGGUCGCACAGUAUAACGGAGCUUACAAAGUGACAAGAGGUCUUUUGGACCGUUUCGGCCCCAAGAGAGUCAUUGAUACGCCUAUCACAGAAGCAGGCUUUUGCGGUCUAGCGGUUGGCGCUGCUCUUGCUGGCCUGCAUCCCAUUUGCGAGUUUAUGACCUUCAACUUCGCCAUGCAGGCUAUUGAUCAAAUCAUCAACUCUGCCGCUAAGACCCACUAUAUGUCUGGUGGUAUUCAGCCCUGCAACGUCACUUUCCGUGGCCCCAAUGGAUUCGCCGCUGGUGUUGCCGCUCAGCACUCACAGGACUACUCGGCUUGGUACGGUAGCAUUCCCGGACUGAAGGUUGUUUCGCCGUGGAGCUCUGAGGAUGCCAAGGGUUUGUUGAAGGCUGCUAUUCGCGACCCCAACCCUGUCGUUGUUCUGGAGAACGAACUCUUGUAUGGUCAAGCCUUCCCCAUGAGCGAGGCCGCUCAGAAGGACGACUUUGUCUUGCCUAUUGGCAAGGCUAAGAUUGAACGUCCCGGAAAGGAUUUGACUAUUGUUUCUCUUUCUCGCUGCGUGGGACUGUCUCUGAACGCUGCCGCUGAACUAAAGCAGAAAUAUGGUGUUGAAGCCGAGGUGAUCAACCUCCGCUCCGUUAAGCCCCUUGAUGUCGAGACAAUUGUUCAGUCGCUCAAGAAGACCGGCCGCAUCAUGUGCGUCGAAUCUGGAUUCCCCAUGUUCGGCGUCUCCUCAGAAAUCCUGGCUUUAGCUAUGGAGUAUGGCUUUGACUACCUGACUGCCCCCGCCGUUCGUGUCACCGGCGCUGAGGUGCCUACUCCUUACGCCGUCGGUCUUGAGCAGAUGAGCUUCCCUCAGGUAGACACUAUCCUUGGCCAGGCCACUAAGCUUCUACGCUUGUAAAUUGGUUUGAGAUGAGAAGUGGAGGAGAUAAAGAAACCUGAGUAAUCACCCUGUGUCUAGUACCCUUUUAUCGUUGCAUACAUUUUUUUUUUUUUUUUUGUUUUCGCGGGGCUUACCGCUAAAUUCUCGCGUUGGAAAUCUGUACGACUAUACUUAAGAACAACCUUAUUUGCAUUUUCAAGGGCUACCAUGUAAUAUGUCCAUAUUAUUUUCUCAAGAUACGUUUCGUGUCUCUGAUGGUGGUAUUGUGGCAUCUCUGGAAU